GUGCUGUUCCUGUUCGAACUGGAAUACUGGGAUGUUCCCAGACGUGCUUCGCUCUCUCCAGCUGUGCACGCGUCUGGCUUGAAUCUACCAGUGGCUCCUGGUGUCACCGGUUCCUCACACAUCCCACUUGAGCACCAAUCCGCAUCGGGCAUAAGUGGGCGUAGUAUCGCCAUCUCAACCUCGCCCCCGAGCACUUGUUCCCACAUCGGGAGCAUGCUUUCCGUCUCUACCUUGACCAGCACGAGCACUUUGGUCGGUGGUGCCGGUGGUGCUAAUCCAGUGGUCGGUUUUGGUGAAGGCUCGUGUGUUAUGACAGAAACGGAGGCAUCAACCAUGAGUGUCACUUCUGGUAUACCGACUGCUGGGGCAGCAGUGGCUGCAGCUAGUGCCGCCCUAUUGGGUGCAAUAUCGGCAUCGCCGAAGCAACGGAUCACUUUUGUGUUCACUUCUCAGGAGGACAAAGCUGACUGGAUGGCUGCUCUAGUCUAUUUGCAACUGUCUCGGCUUUUUACACGUUAUUUACGUGAUUUGCCAAGACAGGAGAUUCCUCUCGUUUUACCUCCACCCAACCUGUACCAAUUUUCCACACCGGACUCGAUAACCAACAUCAUCUUUGAAUCCUCAGUUCGGGACAGUAGUGUGGAAAUCCCGGUCAUACGGGCCGCGACGAAGGUCAAAUUGAUUGAACGCAUGACAUAUCACGCAUAUUUUGACAGCAAAACAGUCAGCGUUUUCCUAAUGACCUAUCGGCGGUACAUGACCGCGUCCGAAUUGUUAGAACUGCUGAUCGAACGAUUCAAUGUGCCCGAGCCAGAUUUCAACAAAGCGGCAGAGAAUGCAUGCUCCAUCGGUGAGGCGGAGAGUCCGAUCACCGUUGCCGUCCGGUUGGAAAAGCGUUUCCGAUCAGUGUACAAACGUCGUGUGCAGUAUCGAGUGCUCAAUUUCCUCAUCAAAUGGGUUAAAAAUAAUCCAUUUUAUCGAUUGGACAUCCAGAACAAUCAGGCGGUGCGCAAACGUCUUUCUGAAUUCCUCGACUCUGUAGACGCGAGAAAUUUGUCCGACAAUGUGGCCAAUAUUCGCAAAUCGCUACGUGGUGAUCGAGUACGCUUGAUCCAAACGCUAAAGCAACUACCUCCAGAAUCGUUGGAUUUGGGUCUGGUCUCUAGACCGGAAGAUGUGCGAGUUACAAACGUGCAUCCACUUGAACUGGCUCGUCAAAUCACACUUUACGAAUGGGAACUUUAUUCGCGUAUCGAAUUUUGGGAAGUGAAUGGGAAAGAGAAAAUCAAAGCGCCCAAUUUGCAGGCCUCAAUGAACUUUUCGAACAAAAUCAAAUGGUGGCUGGUCUACUCCAUCAUGACUGCUGAGCACCUCGAUGACCGGAUUAUAAUCAUGCAAAGGAUCGCAGAUCUGAUGGUGCUCUUCGAACAAUUGAACAACCUCCAAGGGGCUCAAGAAGCUAAAGCUGCUUUACUCAGUUCUCCGGUCUUCAGACUGUAUAAUACCUAUGAUGUCCUUGUCACUAAAUCAAAACCUCACCAUCGCGCCAUAUUUGAAUCGUUACGACGCUCAGUUGAGGCAGACGAUGGAGAUGCGUAUGUGGAGGACUAUGAGAAGAAGCUGCAUGAAGUCAAUCCUCCAGGAUUGCCAUUUAUUGCUGUUGGAGGUAAAACGCAACUCAUUCACCUGGAACUCAAACAUCCUGAUUGGAUUACGGUUCCGAAUAGCACCGUAACUCAGCCCUUGGUUAGCUCUAAUUCUUCUGGAGAUGAGCCAACCACUGCUCCAGCCACCGUCCGUUUGAUCAACUUCUGGAAAUGUCAUCAGAUUGCUGAUCUCGUGGAAUACUAUCUCUCGUUUCAACAAACACCGUACAACUUUGUUGUAAACGAACAUAUCCGGAACUUCUUGCUAACAUUUGAUCCACUAAAAACAGCCGGUGUUUCCGAUGAACAUUCCUUUGAUGAUCUGAUGCACGAAAAGUCACUACACAUACAACCUAAACCGCCAGGAGAACCAAUUGUGGUCACGGAACGACGGCUGACCCCGGUCGAACAGCGCAUCGCCUCUUCUUUGAAUAACACUAACUUGGAUUGCCAUAUGACUGCCGAUUCCAAGGAGUUUCGUAAUUUGGUGCAUCAAGUGUCUCUGGCUAUGACCUCAUCAACUACAACCGUGUCUAGUGCGGAAAGCGCAAAUACAUCCGGGCGAUCAUCUACAUUAUCCGAACUAGCGGAGGCACACUCCAGAUACCAGAACCAAUCGAUAGACAGUCCGGCGAAAUCACAAGACUCACCAUCGCAAUCUUUAGGAACCAAUAGCUUGGGUCGUGGUCGCCCGCGUACGGAUGACCUCAAAUCGCGUGGCUCUGCCCAGCAUUACUGUUUGGCUAAUCGCCUACAAUCAGGCAACAGAUUGAAUGGUGGCGGUACUUUGACUACAGGUACCGAAACUUCGACUGUUGGUUUCCUCGUUGCUAUUGAAGAGGAAAUGAUGCGCGCUACCUCUUAA